AUGACUAUUACAGGGCUUUCCCUACAUGGCCGUCCUUGGUACACUACUUCGAGCUUCGAGUCGUCAACUCAGAAUGAGAGUGAUGGCGAGAACGGAUCCACCUCCCACAGGACUCUGCCUUCUUCAAGAAGGAAUGUACCAGAGGAGGAGGUAUCAGAAGCCACUCCAGAUCUAGAGAGCGAUCUUUUCGCUAGAUUGAUGACUCCGAAGCGGAGAGACUCAUUGGACCCAGACGCAUCAGCAAGAGCGGCCACUGAAGAGCGGAUCCGUUUUACUAACUCGAUCUCCGGGUAUGCCAAUUUUGACUUUCAUACCUUACUGGACACGACACCGAAAGCUAGCGUGAUGACCCUGGGACACAUGGUGGAGAAACUAUGCAGAUAUAUGACCAGUCGCCCCGACCCCGAUACCAGGGCUUUAAUCCAAGAGUCGCGAGUUCUGGGGGCUGAGAUACAGGAUGUUAGCGCACUCUAUAAAUCUAUCAAGAUGGAGGUUAGAGGAGACUCUAUCUAG